AUGGGUGGAUGCCACACACCGCACUGGGCCCUCCUGCUGCUGCUCUGCGGCUCCUGCACUUCCAGCCUCCCCGUGGACACGGGCGCCUUCCGACGGAUCUUCCUGAAGAAAAUGCCCUCCAUCCGGGAAAGCCUGAAGGAGCGCGGUGUGGAAGUGUCCAGGCUCCGGGCGGCAGGGAGCCAGCCCUCCGGGAGGUCGCUCCUCACCAACAGCACUGCCCCCGUGGUCCUCACCAACUACCUGGACACCCAGUACUAUGGCGAGAUCGGCAUUGGCACCCCUCCCCAGACCUUCAAAGUCAUCUUUGACACGGGAUCGGCCAACCUCUGGGUGCCCUCCACCAAGUGCAGCCCCCUCUACACAGCCUGUCAGAUUCACAGCCUCUACAACUCCCUGGAGUCCUCCACCUACAUGGAGAACGGGACAGAGUUCACCAUCCGCUACGGGACCGGGAAAGUCAACGGCUUCCUGAGCCAGGACACGGUGACCGUGGGCGGGAUCACGGUGAUGCAGACGUUCGGAGAGGUCACGGAGCUGCCCGUCAUCCCCUUCAUGCUGGCCAAGUUUGACGGGAUCCUGGGCAUGGGCUUCCCCGCACAGGCCGUGGCUGGGGUCACUCCCGUCUUCGACCACAUCCUCUCGCAGCGGGUGCUGAAGGAGGACGUUUUUUCCGUCUACUACAGCAGGAAUUCCAAGAAUUCCCUCUUGCAGGGGGGAGAGAUUGUGCUCGGAGGCAGUGACCCCCAGUAUUACCAAGGGAGUUUCCACUACGUGAGCAUCAGCAAGCCCGGCUUCUGGCAGAUCAAGAUGAAAGGGGUGUCUGUGAGGUCGUCCACCUUGCUCUGUGAGGAGGGCUGCAUGACGGUGGUGGACACCGGCGCCUCCUACAUCUCGGGGCCCAUCAGCUCGCUGAGGCUGCUCAUGGAGACGCUGGGGGCCCGGGAGCUGAGCACCGACGAGUAUGUCGUGAGCUGUCACCAGGUGCCCACCCUCCCUGACAUCUCCUUCCACCUUGGAGGCAGAGCCUACACCCUCACCAGCGCAGACUACGUGUUACAGGACCCCUUCAGUAACGAUGACCUGUGCACCCUGGCCCUCCACGGUAUGGACAUCCCGCCGCCCACUGGGCCCGUCUGGGUCCUGGGCGCCACCUUCAUCCGCAAGUUCUACACGGAAUUCGAUCGGCGGAACAAUCGCAUCGGCUUCGCUCUGGCCCGCUGA